CACGAAGCAAUGAAAUUAGUGCCAAUGGGUUUCACUACUGCUUAUGAGGUACACGAGCGACGCAGCGAGGUGGUGCAAAUUCGAACCGGAUCGUCUACGUUAGACAGAUUGAUAGGUGGAGGGGUGGAGACCGGCUGCAUCACUGAGGCAAGUUUUUUAUUAUUCAUUUUCGGCGAGUACCGCACCGGUAAAAGCCAACUCUGCCAUAGCCUGGCUGUUAUUUGCCAGCUGCCAAUAUCAAUGGGAGGUGCUGAAGGUAAGUGCAUGUGGAUAGACACGGAAGGGACGUUCCGACCUGAACGUUUGAUUCCAAUAGCAGAAAGAUUCAAUAUGAUGAGCAAGCAUGUGUUGGAAAACAUCGCGGUAGCUCGCUGCUACAACUCAGACCACCAGAUUUCGUUGCUGACAACCGCAGGUUAUUGA